AUGUUUGUAUUCAAGUUCUUGGGCAGCCCAGCUUUCGUAGUCCCGCAAUCACGAAACUCUCGAACGCAGUGCCCGCUUUCCUGUUUGCUUGCCUGGGAUGUUCCGUGCUGUAUGGACAGCUACUCUUCACUAUUGGUCAACCCUGAGUAUGCUCGCCUGCAUAUUCCUCGAGCUGAUACUCUGACUGACAGCUACGGUUUCUUGUCUGGAGCAUAUACCAGAGCUAACCGGCACAACGAUGAAUCGAAGUCGUCUCACUCCACUCUAUCUCCCAGCCGUCACGGCGCCCUGUCGCAGAAGAAACUCAGCUCGGGUGCAACUCGGAGCUCAUUGAUGAACAGGAGACGCCUCGGCAUGUCACUACGACACAUUUCGGUGUAUGCUCGCGAUGUGGGGGCGUGGGAUGUCAUUCACCCGAAAAACCAAUGUUGGCAUGGCCGGAUUGGACGAAUUCCGGGAUACAUACCACCUGACUCAAACCUGACUCGCAAGUACACGCAUUGGUCGUUGUGUAAGCUUCGCUUCUCAGACGUCCGGGAGUACGAAGCACAAUCGGAGGCAGGGGGUGCUAGGACUGCUGAAGAUAUCAUUGCUUGA